AACUGUAGUUGAAUGCACCUAAUCACUACAUUACAAUGGAAUAAACUACGAAAUUCACAAGAUAAAAUGAUAUGCAUUUUAAUCUAAAUUAACCAUAUGCGAGUUAAAGUAACAAGGGACUCAAAUUCAGGAUAAAAGGAAGGGUUUUGACAGUACUCAGCACAACCAAUAUCUAAACGACUGUCAAUCAAUGGCAGAAGAAUAAUACCUACCAGAUGCAUUUUGAAUUCUAUAAUUAGUGAAGUUAGAAUGUUACAAAGGUGCAUCAGCGAUGGAACAGAGUCCACAUGGAUAUAAAUCUCCAUUCGGUUCAAAGUGAAGAAAUUUUGGUCAUUUUAGCACAUCAUCUGCACUUCCUUAUUCGACACACUUCCAAUUCCAACUUUUCAAAGCAUUCACCCAAACACAACAAUAAAUUGGGCAGAGAAACGCCAGUAAAUGAAAAAAAAAAUAAAAAAAUAAACAAAUACUGAAGGUAUGAGAAAAAUAAAUGUAGACGAGGAACAAUCGAUUCGCCAAUCACAGAAAGGGCGAUCGAAACGAUGACUCGCCCGUUAGGCUUGAUAUACCUCAGUGAUCAAAUAAUGACAGAGACACUUUCAACAGUCUCUUCAUUCUAAUAAAAACAAUUGAGGCCUUUCUUUUCCACAAAAUUAAAAUCAAACAAAUUUUACAAACCAUUUGUCCUUCUCCGCCGUCGACAUCUUAUGCAAAUUGAAAUGAAGCUUAUAUCCUAGGCGCAAUUUAUAGAGUGGUCAGUUGGAUACAAACCCUAACCUGCUAUUACUACUGGACAAAAUUGGCCCUCCACCCUCACUUAUUUACCAAAAUACCUCUAAACCCUUAAAAUUACACCGUGCUUGAUAUAGACGGUCGAGAAGACGAUUGAUCAGAUCAAACGGUUGAGAAUAGCGAAUAUACGGUUGAUAUAGGCUAGGGUUUCAGACAUGCCAAGUUCUCUCAUUUCACUUCUCAAAACAAAUACCACUGAACUAACUAAACUAAGCUCCCACUGCACCUUUUGUUUCUUUAAUCACACACGCUAUCUCCUUCUUCUUCUAGAGUCUUCCACUGGCAAUAUCGGAGUUUUGGUGCAGCUUCUCACCGUAAAUAAUCGCGCGUAGGAAGGGCAGUAGUAUGGGGAAAUCAGGGGGUAGAAGAAAGAAGGGCGGUUCGAACGCAAACAACCAAGGCGGUGCAGCUGAAAAUUCUGGUUCAACCGCCGCAGCAGCUGCGACGGCCAAUGGUGGCGCGGAGUUGUUGGACUCGUCGAUAUUUUUGAAGAAGGCGAAUGAGCUGAAAGAGGAAGGGAACAAGAGGUUUCAGAAUAAGGACUAUGCGGGUGCUCUUGAACAGUACGAGAGUGCUCUUCGACUAACCCCCAAAACGCACCCUGAUAGAGCCGUUUUCCACAGCAACAGGGCGGCGUGUUUGAUGCAGAUGAAGCCCAUAGAUUAUGAAGCUGUCAUUGCUGAGUGCACCAUGGCGCUCCAGGUUCAGCCCCGCUUUGUUCGGGCCCUUCUUCGCCGCGCUCGGGCGUUCGAGGCGGUUGGCAAGUAUGAGAUGGCUGUGCAAGAUGUGCAGUUCUUGUUGGCUGCUGAUCCCAGUAACCGCGAUGCUUUGGAGAUUGCCCAGAGAUUGAGGACUGCAUUGGGGCCUCGCCAGGAAGCCCAGCAGGAUCUCCACAGUCGGCCCUCCCCUGCUGCCCUUGGUGCUUCGGCUGUCCGUGGUGCCCCUAUUGCUGGAUUAGGGCCGUGUUUACCAGCCCGCCCUGCCGCAAAGAAAGGACCCAAUUCAGCUGUUGGAUCUGGCGUUUUGCCUAACAAUAACAAGAUAGACAAGUCCCAGCCAGUUUUGCCCACUGAAAAUGGUCCUGAUGCCAAGUCUCAGUUGCCCAAGGUGGUGUUGAAGCCUUCAAAUGGUUCUGCAAAGCAGCCUAAUGCUAAAAAGGCAGACCACAAGGAGCACUCAUCAACCAUUCAUGGGCAGCUUUCUGAGGUUGCAAUUCGGUGGAGACCAUUGAAGCUUGUUUAUGAUCAUGACAUUAGGCUUGCCCAGAUGCCAGUCAAUUGCAGUUUUAGAGUACUAAGAGAUACAGUAAGCAAAAGAUUUCCUUCGUCGAGUUCUGUUCUGAUCAAGUUUCAGGAUAGCGAUGGUGAUUUGGUUACUAUAACUUGUACUGAUGAACUCAGAUUGGCAGAGUCUGGUGCUGAUAGCCAUCUUGUGAAAGAACCUGGGGAAGAUAAAAGUGAUUCUGUUUCAAUGCUGAGACUUCAUAUUGUUGAAGUUAGCCCCGAGCAGGAGCCACCUUUAUUGGAAGAAGAGGAAGAGAAACCAGUUGAGAAUGAAGGGAUCAAGGGAGAUGAGAGUGGAUCACAUUCUUCCCUUGGUGAAUCUGUUUCUGAAGUUCCUGAUAAUGAGGUUGAUAAGUUUGGGAAGGAUGCUCCAAAGGAGAAGCCAGGAGAUACGGAAUGCAAAGAAGUGGAGAUGGAUGAUUGGUUGUUUGAGUUUGCUCAGCUUUUUCGCUCACAUGUUGGUAUUGAUCCAGAUGCUCAUAUUGACUUGCAUGAGCUUGGGAUGGAGCUUUGUUCUGAGGCACUUGAGGAAACAGUAACUAGUGAGGAGGCUCAGGAUUUAUUUGACAAGGCUGCUUCAAAGUUUCAGGAGGUUGCUGCUUUGGCUUUUUUCAACUGGGGUAAUGUUCACAUGUGCGCGGCUAGGAAGCGGAUCCCCUUGGAUGAGUCUGCUGGGAAGGACGUCGUGGCAGAGCAGCUUCAAGUGGCUUAUGACUGGGUCAAGGACAAGUAUUCUUUGGCAAGAGAGAAAUAUGAGGAAGCACUCUCAAUCAAACCAGACUUUUAUGAGGGACUGUUGGCUCUGGGGCAGCAACAAUUUGAAAUGGCUAAACUUCAUUGGUCAUUUGCACUUGCUAAGAAGAUAGAUCUAUCAGGCUGGGAUUCUAAGGAGACACUUCAACUUUUUGACAGUGCAGAGGAGAAGAUGAAAGCUGCAACAGAUAUGUGGGAGAAACUGGAGGAACAGAGAGCAAAAGAGCUAAAAGACCCAAAUGCAACCAAAAAAGAAGAAUUAUUGAGAAGAAGAAAGAAACAAGGAAGUGCUACUGAAGGUGAGUCCUCCAGUGUUGGAGGUCAGGGUGAUAUAUCUCCAGAAGAAGCUGCCGAGCAAGCAGCUGUCAUGAGAUCGCAAAUUCACCUCUUCUGGGGUAAUAUGCUUUUUGAACGAUCACAAGUUGAAUGCAAAUUGGGAAUGAGUGGAUGGAAGGAAAACCUGGAUGCUGCAACUGAACGCUUUAAGCUUGCAGGAGCUUCUGAGGCAGAUAUUUCAAUGGUUCUAAAGAAUCAUUGCUCAAAUGGAGAUGAUAAAAAGAUUGAGAACGCGCAGCACAAUAAGACUGUUAAACCAGAGAUCAAUAAGGCUAAUCAAGUAUGAAAUCAAUGGUGUGGCUUUGAAAUCUCUUUUACAUCUGUUCAGUUGAGUGUUGAAUGAAGACUCCGGACAAAGAAUAUCCUUCUCUUUGAGAGUUCCGAAGGGAUAUCUAAUUUUUUGAAACAGAAAUUGAAAAGGGUGCCUUAACUAAAUAGUUCUGUUUUUUUUUUCUUUUUCUUUUCUCUGAAGUUCUGAGCGAUCUAAUGAAGGGAGAUUAUUUUUUAACACGAUUUACACAAUAUGAAUUUCCAUUAAUCAAUUUCACUUGCUAUGUUCGUAGUGCCUAUGCCACUUAAUCGAGGAUUGCCUACUUGCUCAAGUUCUGACAUUUGUUUUGUUUGGUCUUAUUAAAAUGCUGAAUGUGUUGCCGAGUA